AUGAAAUGGCCUAGACUUUCGGUUAUCACGUUUCUCAUCGAACAAAUCACUCGUAGUCCUAUCGGAUUCACGCAGGGCACCCACUUCGAGCACUCACUCUUUGGGCAAGACAGCCAAGACAUGGUUGCUGACGACGAGAGAACGUACGUCGUACCCAGUCUGUUGAAGACGGCUUACUACGCGUGUGACAAGAUUCGGCGGGACAUGUACGACGAGCUGGAAGUUCCGGACGUCGACAUGCAGAUUUGUUGCGAGUCGCUUUUCCAAAUCGUCAAACUGAACACUGAUAGUGGCGGUUUCGACUCACUCGGCGACAGGCGGUCCACAAAGGCAGCGUCGCACGGACACAUCGACUGUUUGAAGUUCGCUCGGGAGAUCGGCUUUCCCUGGUACACAGCGAACGAUUUGCUUCCAUCGGCGUGCACCCAGGCUGCUCGCAAGGGCAACCUAGAAUGCCUAGUGUAUGCACACGAGAACGGCAGUCCCUGGGACUGUUUGACGAGCAUGUACGCCGCAAUGUCCGGAAAACUGACGUGUUUGAGGUAUGUCCAUGAAAACGGAUGCCCUUGGGACGAUCGGACGUGCACCAAAGCUGCGGAGACUGGACGCCUGGACUGCCUGAUGUACGCCCAUCGAAACGGAUGCGCGUGGGACGAGUUUACGUGUGCUUAUGCUGCGCAUGGCGGACAUUUGGACUGUCUUACGUACGCGCAUGAAAACGGAUGCCCGUGGGACAAAAUCACGUGUUCUAAUGCAGUGGAUGGUGGACACUUGAACUGCCUUACGUAUGCCCUUGAAAAUGGCUGUCCGUGGGACGCAGACACCCCUAGACAUUCUUGAGAGUUCACGUGAAAAUGGAUGCUGUGGUAAACUGGUACCGUGCAGGUAGCAGACCGUUGAUAUGAGGUAGAAUUCGGGUGUUCAUAAAUCAAAGACUUGCGGUUAGGUUAGGUUAGGUAUAAGUUGUAUUUUCUUUAUAAUAUUAUUCUUCAACGAAAUAUUCGAAGUCCAAAUUUAACAAUUUUUAACUGGCACAAGGUGCUUAUUAGUGCUUGGGCUGAUCACGUCUGAAUCCAGGCUGAUUAGGGUUAUUUUUUAUCAGGCUCACUACUCGUGCAGUAUGUUCGUCAUGUGUAUUAUGUCUAUGAUUGUAUAAAAUUAAUUUUUCGCUGUAGAAAUCUAAGAAGUUUUUAUACUUUUGUAACAUACUCGGAAAUCACAGUGCAACUUUUUAUGUAUCCAUUGUAAGCGUGAAGAUCCACGCAAAUUAUUUAUUAAAUACGAGUAGCACAGUCUCAAAUAUUCUUUGUCAAUAGUGUGUAUUACAUUUUUUGUGCAACAACUAUUAUCAGGUACUUCUAUUAUCAGCCAAAGGCUUAAUUAUUUGUAUUUGUACCAGCUCUAAUAUGAGUUAGGUAAAUAAGCUUGAUAGUUUAAUACAAUGCUCUUAAUAUAUUGUUACAAUAACAUUUGGAAAUUAUUAAAAAUCCAGUCACAAUUUUUUUUUUAUAAGCAUUUAAAGUUCGAAUUUUGACCAAAAGCAUAAAAUCACGAAAAUUUGCACAUUAUUUUGAGUUGAAAAUUCAAAAAUAUAUUCUUUUUAGAUUUAAGAUUUGAAUAUUGAACACAAGAUUCAUUAUAAGAUUAUCUACAUUUUUCAAAAAAAAAAAUACAAACAAGAAAGUAAAAUUAAAUUUUUAUGAGAGUUUGAAGUUUAAAUUUUUACAACAUUCG